AAGGUUCGCCCAGCCUCAAGUCUUGCUUCCCAGGCACUGAAGGCUCCUCCUCCAAAUCCUGCUGCACGUCACACGGUUUCGCCAGAACCCUACUCCACCCGCAGCAGCCAUGAUGCAAGAAGGGCUGGACGACGGUCCCGAUUUCCUCUCUGAAGAGGACAGGGGUCCAAGAGCAGUCAACGUGGAUCUCCAAACUGAUGCAACUUUACAAGUGGAUAUUUCAGAUGCACUUAGUGAACGCGAUAAGGUCAAGUUCACCGUUCACACAAAGACCACUCUCCCCAACUUUAAACAGAAUGAGUUUUCUGUUGUACGUCAGCACGAGGAGUUUAUCUGGCUGCACGAUUCCUUCGUGGAGAAUGAGGAAUAUGCGGGGUACAUUAUCCCGCCAGCGCCCCCGCGGCCAGACUUCGAUGCGUCCCGUGAGAAGCUCCAGAAGCUGGGUGAGGGUGAGGGCUCCAUGACCAAGGAGGAGUUCACCAAAAUGAAACAGGAGCUGGAAGCUGAAUACCUGGCUAUUUUCAAGAAGACGGUGGCAAUGCACGAAGUCUUUCUGUGCCGCGUGGCUGCCCAUCCUGUGUUGCGCAAAGACAUGAAUUUCCAUGUGUUUUUAGAGUACAACCAAGACCUGAGUGUACGAGGCAAGAACAAGAAGGAGAAGCUGGAAGACUUCUUCAAGAAUGUGGUGAAGUCAGCCGACGGCGUGCUUGUGGCUGGAGUGAAGGACGUAGAUGACUUCUUCGAGCAUGAAAAGACAUUCCUCAUAGAGUACCAUAAUCGAGUCAAAGAUGCCUCAAUGAAAUCCGAUAGAAUGAUCAGAUCUCACAAAAGUGCUGCAGAUGACAUCAACAGAAUUGCCUCCGCAAUGUACGGCCUCGGUACCCAGGAUUCAACAGAUAUGUGCAAAUUUUUCCUGAAAGUGUCUGAACUGUUUGAGAAAACACGGAAAAUCGAGGCGCGUGUUGCUGCUGACGAAGACCUGAAACUUGCUGACCUGUUGAAGUACUACCUCAGGGAAUCGCAAGCAGCAAAGGACCUUUUGUACAGACGAGGACGGGCGCUUGUCGAUUACGAAAAUGCAAACAAAGCUCUCGAUAAAGCAAGGGCUAAGAACAAAGAUGUCCUACAAGCAGAGACCUCCCAGCAGCUAUGCUGUCAGAAAUUUGAGAAAAUUUCAGAGUCAGCCAAACAAGAGUUAAUAGAUUUCAAGACGAGACGAGUAGCCGCUUUCCGGAAGAACCUGGUGGAGCUGGCUGAGCUGGAGCUUAAACACGCUAAGGGUAAUCUUCAGCUGUUGCAAAGCUGCCUCGGGGUCCUAAAAGGCGAUACUUAAAUAAAAAAAGACUGGACUUGACGGUUGAUGGUGCAGGCAUCCUCCACAUGUUUUUUUGGCUUCCUCUUCCCUUCACAAGAUGGAGGGGAGAGUGAGAAAAGAAAGAAAGAAAAGAAAGAAAGAAAAAGCGAAGAGAGAGAAAGAGCAUAUCUUUAUAAGGGAAGAGCACUUACUUCUUCCUUUGAAGGAUGUCUUGUUAGUCACCACUACCAGAGACACCGUGAUCCCUCCACUCAUUUCCCCCUAAUUUCAAAGUGAGGAGGCGCCCUGGCGAGAAGCCUCCACUGGCCCACACAGCACAAGAACCUAUCAAGGAAGGAAAUACUAAGUCUAAUCACGUCUGUUUUUAAAAGUUGUUAUAAAGUGUCAUUUCUUCUUCAUGGGGUUGGCUCUGUCAAUAUCACUUUUAAUUUUUUUCUGUUUUUGUUUGUUUGUUUUGGUAAUUUUUUGGUCAUUUUUUAUGUUUCGCUUAGUGUAAUCCUGAAAAAGCAAGUUAGUUUUUUGGUAAUCCUCUCUGUGAUGCUGCUCAUGUACCUUGUAAGAAAGAACGACACAAAAAGAAAAAGUUCAGCUGAUUGUUACUAUUAUUAAAAAGUGUAUUGUCACUAAAAAAAGCCUUGUAUAUGUUGUAUUAGUUUUCACUGUAUGGUUCAUGAUCAUUAUAAUCGAACUAAUCAUUUUUUUGAUAAAAUUUUCAUCUCUUACGUAGGAAAUUUCAUAUAAGAAGCAUAUUCUGAUUAUUUUCAUUCCAUAGCAGUAAUGCAUUAUUAUGUUUGCCUUAAACUGUAGAUUUAACUCUCCACUAUUGUUUAAAAAAAAAUCAUAAAUUGAUACAUUUGUUUUUUUUUUGUCUGCCCCCAAUAUUUUCAAAAGUGCACUGUAUAUGAAUGUGUUUUUUUUCACACUAUGUGACCAAAGCUUCCAUUAAUUGAAAUGGAGGAAUGCUGAUAUACAAAUGGUAACAAUAAAGAAAUAACAUCAAUUCAUGUUUAUUGAACGGUUA